UUUGCUGAAGCACCUCUUACUUAGCUUCCUCAGCAGAAACUAUUUGCUAAAGCUCUGGACCACCCAGGAAAUUGGAGAGGUAAUGUCCAGGUGCAGAAGGAAUUAAUCAGAGCAUCCUGAUUCAGGACCCAAGAAGCCAAGUGCUCUUAGCUUCCCCCUAAGCAGCUUUCUUACCAAAGCAGAAGCAUUUCUGCUGCAGAGUAAGGUGGAAAUGGCUUCAGAAAUCCACAUGCCAGGCCCAGUGUGCCUCAUCGAGAACUCUGACCAGCAGUUGGUGGCCAACCAGGAAGCACUGGAGAUCCUGUCUGCUAUCAAACAGCCUGUGGUGGUGGUAGCAAUAGUGGGCCUUUACCGUACAGGAAAAUCCUACCUGAUGAACAAGCUGGCUGGAAAGCAGAAUGGCUUCUCUCUGGGCUCCACGGUGCAGUCUCACACCAAGGGGAUCUGGAUGUGGUGUGUGCCUCAUUCCCAGAAGCCAGGACACACACUAGUUCUGCUUGAUACUGAGGGCCUGGAAGAUAUAGGGAAGGGAGACAACCAGAAUGACUGCUGGAUCUUUGCCUUGUCAGUCCUCCUCAGCAGCACCUUCAUCUACAACAGCAUAAGAACUAUCAACCAGCAGGCCAUGGGCCAACUGCACUAUGUGACAGAGCUGACUGAUCUAAUCAAAUCAAAGUCAUCGCCUGAGGAUAGUGGCAUAGCUGACUCAGCUAUCUUUGUGGGCUUCUUUCCAACCUUUGUGUGGACCCUGAGGGAUUUCCACCUGGAGCUGGAACUUAAUGGAAACCCUAUCACUCCUGAUGAGUACCUGGAGAGUUCACUGCUUCUGAAAACAGGAACUGAUGAGAAAACUAAAAGCUUUAAUGAGCUUCGUCUGUGCAUCAGGAAGUUCUUCCCACAGAGGAAGUGCUUUGUGUUUGACAGGCCUGCUCCAACGAAGAAACUUUCUAAACUAGAAACAGUUGCAGAAGAAGAGCUGAGUGAAGACUUUGUAGAACAAGUUGCAAAAUUCACCUCAUACAUCUUCAGCUCUUCUGGUGUCAAGACUCUCUCUGGUGGCAUCAAGGUCAAUGGACCACGUCUACAGAGCCUAGUGCUGACCUAUGUCAAUGCCAUCAGAAGUGGAGAACUACCCUGCAUGGAGAAUGCUGUCCUGACUUUGGCCCAGAUAGAGAACUCAGUUGCAGUGCAAAAGGCCAUUGAACACUAUGAAGAACAGAUGAACCAGAAGGUCCAGCUACCCACAGAAACUCUCCAGGAGCUGCUGGACCUGCACAGGCCCAUUGAGAGAGAGUCUAUUAAGGUCUUCAUGAAGAAUUCUUUCAAGGAUAUAGACCAAAAGUUCCAGAAGGAAUUAGGGGACCAGCUGAAUGCUAAGCUAGAUGCCUUUAUUAAGAAGAAUAUGGACAUGUCAUCAGCUCGUUGUUCAGAGUUGCUAGAGGGGAUCUUUGGUCCUCUGGAAGAAGAAGUGAAGCAGGGGACAUUUUCUAAACCAGGGGGUUACUACCUCUUUCUUCAAAAGAAACAAGAGCUAAAGAAAAAGUACAAUCAGGCUCCUGGAAAGGGGCUCCAGGCUGAAGAGAUGCUGAAAAAGUACUUUGAGUCCAAGGAGGAUGUGGCUGAAACACUUCUAAAGACAGAUCAGUCACUCACAGAAAAGGAAAAGGAGAUUGAAGCUGAACGUAUAAAGGCUGAAGCUGCAGAGGCUGCAAACAGAGGACUGAAGGAAAUGCAAGAUAAGCUUGAGCUGAUGAUGGAAGAGAAGGAAAGGAGUCACCAGGAGCAUGUGAAACAGCUGACUGAGAAGAUGGAGAAGGAACGGGAGGAGAUGAAGGCAGAACAACAAAGAAUCAUAUCCCUUAAACUUCAGGAGCAGGAACGGCUUCUCAAGGCAGGAUUUGAGAUUGAGAGCAGGAAACUUCGUGAAGAGAUCAAGGAAAUCAAGGAGAAUAUGACUUCAUGCACCAUACUCUAAAAUUCAAACCAACUAAACCUCUGUACCCAGGUCUGACUCAUCAAGGAAUUUUCUGCGGGGUCAACUUUGUACUGUGAAGCAAUUUGACACUGAACUGUACUUGAAAGCAUUGUGCUGUGUUGGGAGGAGGGUAGAAAUAAAAUUAACAAAAUGAAGUUUAAGUAUAAAAAUAGCGUUUUGCUUGUGAAGUGUUUCGGUUCAUGUUUGUAUUAGAAAUAAAGAGCAAUGUGAUAUUUAAUUGGAUCUCAUAUUUGAAAUUAUAACCAUGAACUCCAUAGAGAUAUUAAAUUCUAUCAUUGGAUUUUUUUUUUUAUAGCACAGUGAUAUGGCAGGUCUCUUUGGGUAGACCUUUUUGUCUCACACACACCCUUCUUGAUAUUUUUAGCUGCAUGCUCAUAAACAAUUCAAAGAUUUAACUUUGUCCUAAGCUGAGAUUGACAUUUUGUAAAUGUGAGAAAAAUAUGAACAUACCCAUAGGACACAACUGUUCUGUGCUUCUGGGACUUCAUCAUGUCUACAGACAAGGGAAGUGUGGGCCUUGAUAUUUGUUCUAAGUAUAGACAUGGGGCAUUUCUCAAUGUGGGAAGGCUGUAUGACUGCUGCAUGAGCAGAGAAAGACCACUGGACAUUGGCAGAGAAAAUUUCCUGCCAUGCAGAAUACAUGUGUGAGUGGAAGUUUCCCUUCCUCUCUUUAGAGGCCUUCUUGGCUUGAAUCAUGCUCCAGCCAACUAUGUUUCCUUUCUAAUCUCCAUCUUUUUAAUAUUUUAAAAGUUUUUCUCCUUCUUACAGUUUUAGAAUGACUUCUACCAUCAUAGAAUGGGGAACUCAAAAUAAAUUCUUUUCUAUUCUUCCAAGGAUCAUGACCAGAGUCCCAUUUGUCCUGAAACUCAUCUCCAUUUUAAUCUGUGUUGUAGCACUAUGACAUAAUUUGUAAGUCUCUGAGGAUAAAUGACUUGUUCAAAAAACAGAAGUACAGGUUAAGUGAAAUCUGUUAAUAAAAAUGAUCAGUCUAUUGUUAUUGUU